UCUGUGAAUGAAGAGUCAGCCUGCGAACCCUUGAGCAAGUGGAAAGAGAGCGGAGAGGGGGGCGCAGCACAGAGCUCCGAUUUACGGGGAUAUUUGCGGCUCGCUUGGUGGCCGGGACUUGGAAUCUGUACCCGUAGUGGCUGGACAUACUGAUUCUGUAAAUGCACCAACCACAAGGGUCGUGCAUAGGACUGCUGUGUUCGGGGGCACUUGUUGGGGUGCAGGAGGUCACAGUGGUCUUUUCUCCGCAUCCAGGGACCCACAAAGGCAGCCAAGACGCCUCGUGCAGUGCUCCGAGUGAAGAAUGGGGCGUCCAAGCUCCCGAAACCCCCAUCAGACCCGGGGAGCGCCCCCGGCAUGUUCAUGGAGAGGUCACAGAGCCGGAUCAGUCUGUCCGCAUCGUUCGAGGCUCUGGCCAUCUACUUCCCCUGUAUGAACUCAUUCGAUGAAGAAGAUGGGGAAGACGGACGCAAGCUUAAAGGUGCUAUUCAGCGCAGUACAGAGACUGGACUUGCUGUUGAGAUGCCGAGUCGGACUGUACGUCAAGCAAGCCAUGAAUCUAUAGAAGACAGUAUGAACAGCUAUGGAUCUGAAGGAAACUUAAACUACAGUGGAAUGCUGGCAUCCGAUGGACAAUUUAGUGACUUCCUUUCCGGCAUGGGUCCAGCUCAAUUUGUUGGCCGCCAAACACUAGCAACUACAUCAAUGGGGGAUGUUGAGGUUGGGCUACUGGAAAGAAAUGGACAACUUGAAGUAGAAAUUAUUCAAGCUCGAGGUCUAACAGCCAAGGCUGGUUCUAAAACACCACCAGCUGCUUACAUAAAGGUGUAUCUCCUAGACAAUGGAACAUGUGUUGCUAAGAAGAAGACAAAAAUUGCCCGAAAAUCAGUAGAUCCAUUGUACAAUCAGGUGAUUGUGUUUUCAGAGAACCCGCAAGGGAAAGUGUUACAGGUGAUGGUUUGGGGAAAUUAUGGAAGAAUGGAGCGAAAGCAUUUCAUGGGAGUUGCAAGAAUACUUCUAGAAGAGUUGGAUUUGUCAAGCAUGGUUAUAGGCUGGUACAAGUUAUUCCCAACAUCAUCAAUGGUUGAUCCAUCAACAGGUCCUCUGCUCCGUCAAGCUUCUCAACUUUCCUUGGAAAGCACUGUUGGACCAUGCUGUGAGAGAUCUUAAUAGUAACGAAAAUGACCUCUUGACUUUAUUUUUUAUAACCCACUACCAAGGCAUUGUCUGGAUCGCCAAACUCAAACAUCUUGCAUGUUUGACCAGUUUUUUGGAAGCUGAAGGCAACCAAAUGACCUUCAGAGAGAAGAAAGUGUGGUUUCCUCCUGUGUAUGAAAGUAGCCUUGGGUGACUAUCCUGGGUGUACAAUCGUACAAAUACCUCUAUUCUCACAUUGUUUGAUAUAUAUUCCUGAAUCCGAGAGUGAGAAUCGUCAAAAGUUGCAGUAUCUUUUAUUCUAGAGAAAGGUAUUUUCAUAACUUUCUAUCAAGAACUUUUUAAACAUUCCUAGAACAAAGUGUAUGGAACAUGGUAGAAAAGACUAUAAACAGCUUACAAACAACUGCAACUUUUCAUUGGGAAUAAUAUUUUGUUUAUUGUGUAACAAAAUAUCUUUGUGAUUUAAAAACUGUGCCAAUUUACCAGGAAGUGUCUUUUACUACUUGGCCAAUGCAGUUGAUAAAUCAGUUUGGGAAUGAAGUUUAUAAUUGAAUUAGAGUAGGUAAUGAAAUAGGUAGUAUCUAUAAUUUGAUCAGGGAAACACUUUUUAUUAAAGUGCUAUCAACCAAUAUAAAUUUAAGCCAUUGUAUACCAGCAUAGAGUCUAAUGAAGUAAUUCAUCAUUAACAAACGAUGUACAUUUUAAGCAUGUUUUUAGCAUUAUAAGGCAAAUCAUAUUUGAGAAUACACAGAUUUUGCAUUGUCCUUUACCAUGGUACAGAAGAGCUUGUAAAAAUGAAAGAAUGCAACAAUACAAAAAUUAUUUUAAGUGUAUAAUUUAUUUCUUUAGAAUGAAAAUUGUAUGU